CAUCAUUAGAUUGUGCAGUUGGAAAUGAAUGUCUAUUUCUAUACUUAGAAGACUGAGAAAAGAAUGAUAAAAUAUGGUAUUUGUGUGAUGCCUGGCUGUCUUGAAGUAUUUAAUUUGAGUUGUUUUUUUCUCUGAAGCUGAAGAUUUAGGAACCAUGUGUGAUCGGCAGCUGCCCAGGAAUUUCAGAAUAAUAUUUGAUCAGGGGUAUUGUGAAUAUUACCAGUGUGUCUGGUAAUUUUUCAGAAUACCUUCGUAUAACAGAUUGUGACAAUUUUGAUAUUGAUGGAUUCCUUUCACUAUCCAAAUGUAACAAUUAUUCCACAGAAGCCUCUCCAUUAAUCUUGGUCCCAAUAGAUGGAUUCCGGAUGACAUCACAUGUUUACAUUUUUUCUACUGCGCAGGAGCUGGCAGGCAACUUGUUGCGGCAGCGUGGUGGGCCUAACAAGAAACAGUUAAAAACAAUAACUAUUUUGAUCAGCUGAUCCUCGUUGAAAGUACAUCUUCGUUUUUAUUUUUAAAUUUCGUAUUCCAUGCAGUGUUUUCCAGCUCAAAGUAUUACACAGCAUGCUCCAAAAAGAAUGGAUACUUUGAUGCCUGAUAUCACAAUCAUUUGAAAUAUACACCAAGCUCUUUCUUGAAUGAUCCCUUUAAGCAUACAAGUCUCUGGAAGCCUAUUUUUUUUUUUUUUUUCCCCAUUUGUGGGCAUGUCCAAGACGUUUUUUACUAUGGAAUCGACAAGAGCAGUAAUUUAUGUUUUAUUAAGUCUGAGGUACAGUAAGUCUUUUUCGUUUUAGUUUAUCGAAACUUUACCAACAGCAAUUUAUUUAUUCAGAACAGAAACUUACAUAAUUUUUUAUUUUCAUUGUUUGUUUUACUCAUAUUUUUGAGAGGGUAACUUUCAGUGAGAUGACUUGAUCAAAUAGUGACACAAAAUUGAACUGGAAUUACCUUAAUUCUGAAGUUUUCAUUCGCUCUUGCAUAGGUGAAUGCCUUUUACUUACCUGAUAUAAAAUGAGCACUGUAUGCAUUGUCAAUUUUCUUUGAGCUCCAGUUCUCACGUCUGAUGGCAGCUAUCCAUAUUUUUUGUAACGCAAGGGACUGUUCAUUGUUUCCAAAUGGAAUCUGAUAAAAUCUCAAAUUUCCACCAGGUUUUCUUUGAUUCUUACAACCAACGGCACAGUACGAGUCAAGCAUGUUUGUGGUCUGCCAGAGUGAAUCUUAUCUGCCAGCAAUUGCGCAUGUGCAAAUUUCAGCGCUCAAAAUGUAAACAUGGAAUCCAUCUAUAACAGGGGAGGCUAUGGAAGGUACCAGGGAAAUUGCGGGGUAAAACAUGAAAAGAGUACAGCAAAUACAUAACUACAGUAUUAAUACACAGUGAAUAAGUUACUGCAAUAUAUAAGGCAUGGGGCAGCAUGCAAUCACAAGAAUCACAAGAGUAUUGGAAUGUACCCAGAGAAGCAGCAUACUAACCUGUGACAUAGUCAGCAUUGUAAUGUGAAAAAUUACCUUGAUUCUUGAUUUGAUUUGAUUCAUCGUUGUCAGCACUGCUGCUAUUCUCAAUAACUGUUGAGAAGAGAACCCACAUCAGCUGUGACAGAAAGUAAAUAAACCAGCAUGGAUGAACUACCAAGUUCUUGCAGCUACCUUGCUCUUGGAGCAGCACGAAUCAGAGAGAUUAAGGCUAUUGUAGACAAGUUGGACAACUGUGAGCAUGGUGGCAGAGCAUUUCAAAAUUUGCCACGUCACAUGCAGAGACGAACAGUUUCAGCAAAUCCAAAACGUUUGCCUCAUUACCUCCGAGAUAGGCAUAUGAGAGAGGGAGGUGCAAAUGUCAAGACUACCAAGCGCCCAAAGAAGAAGUAUCGUCAUCGCCCCAACAAUCUUUUGGCCGAGUAUAAUCGACGCCAGUCAGAAUACCUUUGGUUAGAAACACAUGUUUGGCAUGCCAAGCGAUUCCAUAUGACAAGAAAAUGGGGUUAUGCACUUUCAGAAUCCCCUACCAUGAAAGGCUACCGAUCCACACUAAGAGCUGCAACGAAAACAUGCACAGUCCAGGAUGUCUCCUAUUUGUGCUGCAUUGAACUAGAAGGAACAAGAGCAUCUCUGCUAGCUGGUCUAGCACCUAUAACUCAAUCCCUAGAUUUGGUGAAGCUAAAAAGUCCAGAAGUUCUGCAGGGCAAGAAAUGGGUGUCUCUGGUUCUCUUCAUGAAAGACAAGAAACCAUAUGGGGCUCUUGGUAGUGUUGACAUCCUGUGGCAUCCCAAGCCAGGAAAUCAUCAAGAUACCAAAGAGACGGAGAAUUCAAAGCUUUGGCUCUGGGUCCAUCCAUCAGCUCACUUUCGGGUUGUGAAUUUGCUGAUGGAGACAUAUAAUCUGAAAAAGAAAUUAGAUGAAGCAGAGGAUGUAAUCCAGACAAAAGAUCAAGAAAAGAAAUUAUUAGAAGAGCCAAAAGGAGGUGAUAGCCCCAUGGAAAUAGAGGAAAUUAAUUUGGAACCAAAUUCUGAAAGUAAAGAUACUGAAGCACUAGCCAAAAUCUCAAACAGCGAUACGCCUGUUAACAAAAAAAAUGGUAAAAAGGAGAAAGUAAAAGGAAAUUGCCACUCCACCAAGAAGAACGUAAAUGAUUCAAAAAUGGCAAAAAAGAAUGUUCCCUUUGUAAGGACACCAAAGUACAAUGCUCCUGAUUCCUCUGUGAAGAUGACAUUGCUCAAAGAUACCAUAAACAGAUUCCAUGUAACAGGACCCAAGUCUUACAAUGUGUUAAAUGCUGCUCUUUACCCAGCUGAUAUAACACUUACCAAGAAGGAUAACCUCAAGGAUCAGCCGUGGUGGCAUCAGUAUUAUCAUGACGAAGACCAACAAGUGAUCUACAAGCAUCAAUUAGAAACUUGGAAAUCCUUUUCUUCCCGCACUCCUGCUCCCCACUCAGUUCUUCCCAUGACCAUACGUGACCCCAGGAUCACCUUACCUCACAAAAAGUUACCUCUCAAGACCUCUGAUCCUGAUACUAAAGUUCAAGUGGAAACAUCAGACUGGCCAGUAGCGAGCCCCUUUUUUGACAAUGGACUCAGAGAUGAAGUAACCCUGACCAAAGAAGAAGACAGCGUUAUCAACAAAAAACGUUCGAAGAUGCUAGUCCCAGGAGAGAGAGCCACGGAAGACCCAGAUGAAGCUAAGCUGCCAAUUUUGUUGAUGUCAAGGCCACCAACUCACUCAGCUGGACAUGGUGCUGGAUGGGACAUAUUGAUACCAGCAGGAUGGGCAAUGAGUGUAUGGAUGUCACUGAUCUUUUGUGGUGGUGUUGCUGUUGGCCUCAAGGAGUCAUUGAACCUGGUGAUGGAGGCUCUCACCCCCUUACCCCCAUUCCUAAUGCCUGACACACCAUCAGGAGAAACAUAUUCCACUGAGGAAGGGCAGGAGAGACAAGAAGAAUAUUUCAAAAGGCCUCCUAGUGCAAGGCACAACUUCAUAAAGUUAGGUGUGCAAUAUCCUUUUUCUGCACCUUGGAGGAGACUGAUAAGUAACUGGAAGGAGGGAACAGGGGAUUUCUUUGUUCUUAGAGAUAUAACUUUACUGAAUAAGCUAGCUGGAAUUUGUGGAGAUGCUUCCAAUAGAAUCAAGGCCAGAAACAUAGGGAAGAAGAGAAAAGCAAUUGCCGUUUCACAGACUGUUCCCUAUAAAUCAGCUAAGAUAGACCCUUACCUUGAGACCAUCACAGAAUGUAAAGUGACAGAAGAGGAAUCUGGUUUAGACACAUUCUCUGCUACUGCAGUAGAAGACGUAGUGGGAAGUCUUCGGAAAAUAGAUACACGGUGUUUGGUCAUGGUGAGGUUACAGUUGGAAGGCAAAGGUACUUUAGAACCUUGUACUAUGAUAUGCUUACCACAACUAGAAGACCUUAAAGACAGACUAAAGCCAGAAAAACUCUUGGAUCAAAGUAACAACCUCCAGGAGCCACAUCAUAAAGAUACCAGAGCUGAACAACGUGUGCAGCUGCGAGAAGAACAUAAGAAGAUUGGGUCUAAAUUACAAAGACUCAGAAAGAAAGCCAGGGCAAAAGUAUCAGAAGAACACGACAUAACAAAUGUAGCUGAUAUAUCAUUUGCUAAGAAAGUCAGUGAAGCACUUGAGAAAACUGAGGUGGAAAAUCAGGAAAUCAUAGCCAAAUUUUCAACAUACCAAAAAACAAUGGAGGAUUUAUGGCUGAUGCCAAGAGAAACCCCUCUGCAGUGCUGUUCACGGAAAAUCAUGGGCUACAUCACCCAAGGGACUUUCUGCAUCACCCUUGGAGUCAGUGGCGGUGUUGGCUGGGUUGCGCUGGAGCCUCUUAUGCAGCUGCUGCUCAUGCACGAGAAAUUUUACACAGAGACCAGCGAAAUAAAUGAAUUACAAAACCCGUCUAGAAAAGGGAAGUCUAGGUCAUCCCAUUCUGUGUUGAUUAGGUGUCCAAGCACUUCCCAGUAUCAGUGGGCAGGGCUGACUAUAGUUGUUCAGCCAGAGUAAUGUGCAUGCUACGUCUUCCACUUUCAAAUUGGAAAAUCAUCCUUUAAGUAGGUAUUGUAUAUGGAAUUCAUAUAAUGAUAUUGAUAUUAAAUUAUGUUCACCUUCAUGCUUACAAAUUUGGGAAAACUUAUUUUUUUUAAUGAAAUAUAAAAAUUGUUAGAUAAGACAUUCCACUGUGGAAUGUAGUUACAUUUUUCUUUUAAUUUUGUUAGGUAACAAAAGGGAAACAAAUUUAAAAGCUAUCAUAUUUUGUAAUGCUUGAAAAAUAGAUCAUAUUUUGUUGAUUAAUAAAGAAAAUAAUAUAUUUCAUUAUUUCAUUGUCCUUUCUUCUCAUCAACAUUCCAUUCUAUAAAGGCUAACCCAUGAAAAAUUAAAUAAUUAAUGAUUUUGCCUUUAAUAACUUAGAAUAAAAAUGGCCCACUGUUUUCAGCACUCAGUGACUAUGGAUUAAGUAAGGAUCAAGUCUAAUUGUAGAUGAAAUACGAGAGAAAGGAAGGAGUCCAAUAAGCCAGAAAACAGGUUAACUUAAAUUAUUGUCAUUAUUAUUCUGUUUUACUACUUCUUUCUUUAAAGUACAGUUAUAUAAAUAUUAACAGGUGGUAGAUCAAUGUCUGUAUAUUUUUCUUUUAUUUCCUACUACUACUGCUACUAACUGCAUUAGUAACUUUUCAUUGGCAUACAUAUCUGUUGUUCUUAGUUUAACAAUUAUUUAUCAUCAUUAUUAAUAUCAAUAUCAUUACUAUAUUAUUGUGUUUGCUAUUAUCAUCAAUACCUCUUGUUAUUGUUACUCUCAUCAUUGAUUAUCAUAAGUGUAAAUUAUCAGUACACAAUUUAUCAAUUAUCUGUAUGAUUAGAAUUAUGUAAUAUAUCAAGUCUGUGCAUUGUUUUCUUGCUAACUAUUUUUAUGCUUUUCCAAUGUAGACAAAAUUACCCUUAUGCCCAUGGCAUAAAGAAGUUGGGAGGAAGCAGGGACAUAUUUCACACCUCUCCAGGCCCACACUCACACAAAAAUGUCUCAACUAAUUUUCGUUUUCAUUCUCUUCAUCAGCCCUUCUCCUCCAGAUAAGAAAGCCUUUAUUUCUCAACUCCCCUCAAGAAACUCUUGAAAACAUCCAAAAGUUCCUAAACAUGACUCAAGAGAAUGAUCCACUCCCUCAUCCACCCUGUAAUUCGCUUUACAUUCAGAGUAUCUGCCGAUAUCCAUCAUCAUCCUCUUCAAGCUCUCCCUACCCCUCUUCCCCCUACACUUCAUCCUCUUCUCCUACAUGUACAUCACCAUUCUUUCUUUCUUCCCCAUUAUCCUUACCACUCCACUAGAUGCUCAUGUGACUCCAUUAUGUCACAACUUCAUCACCUUCCCCUUUGCCCUUAUUUCAUUCUCUGGAUUUUAUGUAUACAUGCUACUAACGUUUCCUACUAUAUUACCAUUUGAUUGUUUCAUUAUAAUUCUUUUGCAGUUUUCCUCAUACAGUGUUACUCUCCCUUCCUCAGACAUACUCUUCAUUUGAUCUGAUCGCCCUAUACUUUUAACCCUAUCCCUUUUUACAAAUGCCCAUGGAAUUCAAUUUUCUCCCCCUACAAGUACUAUUCUAUCCUACAGCAUCCUACAACCUUUGACAUCUAACGCAUCUUAUGCUGAUUGUUAACAUAAUUCCGCCAUCUUCACCACAAUACUUUACCUUAGUGCUCUGUGACCUUUGAUGUCUGGCACAUUUAUUUCUUCAAACCAUUAAUAACCAUCUAACCAUCUAUAAAGCAAGAAUUCUUGACCUGUUGCUACUGACACCAUUACACUGUUCACAACUAGUAAUAACUGAAUCCAAAAAGAACUGAAAGUCACUGAACAGGGCCAUGGAGAUUAUUAUAAAAAAAAAAGUAUUUUUAAUUUGCUGUUUUCAUAAAAGCAAAACAAUAUAAGGGCCCUUCCAAGGAUGUAGCUUCCCCAGCUACCAAAUGUUUACCUAUAACCCACUAAUAUAGCCAGAACAGUUCCAAUCCAUUGCCUCCUUUCCCCAUAGUAAAGGGAUCCGGCGAGGGAGUCUAACAGAUCUUAUGUACCCUUUUAUCAAAUAAACUUCUGAGUGUA